AUGUUAGUCCGUGCCGUGUCGCCACUCGCCAGUACGGGAAGGCGCUCCGAUGCGGGUGCACGUGCGUUCACCGUGGUGCUGUCAAUUUUCUUUGCUUGCGUGUCGGCGACCGCCGCUGCAGCCGCUUCUUGUGCCGGCGCCGAGCAGUUCUUCGCUCGUCACAACGCAUCAGCUGAUGAUAGUGAUGAGCCAGGUUCUAUAUGCGGCGGACAGUGCUGCAAGCGAGGUGGUGAGCUAAAACUGAGGAGUGUGUUGAGAAAAACAGCUGAAGAACGAGUGUCCAGCGCCACGAAACCUAUAACGGAACUACUACUGGCAACUAGAAGAACACUUGAAGAGCACCUGACAGCGUUGUCUUAUCAGUCACAGAACAAAACAUCUGUACUCUUCUCACAACUGUAUCGAAGUCAGGCAUCACGAACACACGUGCCACUAUCAGCUCUUUACGAUGACAUCAGACUACUCAUCAGACCUGGUCGAGAUGACGAGCUCGGCUCUCCACCACCGACAGACAUGCGUAUCAGUACGAAGAAGUUCUUCAGAGAUGUCUUCCCGGUCGCCUACCAGAACGUCCUCCGGCUGGACAGCAAGCAGUUCACGCCGGAAUACGAAGCAUGUCUUCAAGAUGCUUACGAGGCUGUCCAGCCGUUCGGAGGUGUACCACAGCAACUUGGAGCGUCAAUGUCUAGAUCUUUGGAAUCGGCACGCGCUUUGCUGCAAGUUAUAUCUGUUGGUGCGAGUGCACUGACGGCCAGCGAACAAGUGCUGUCGAGUGCUGAUGAGGAAUGCGGCAACAAGCUGCUGAUGAUGGGAGGCUGUUCUAGAUGUAAAGGACACGAUAUAAGCCCGUGUCGGAACUAUUGCUUAAACGUGGCUAGAGGGUGUAUAGGAUCCCUUGUGGUUGAGUUGGAUGCUCCAUGGGUUGGUUACGUUGAAGGAGUGGAGAGGCUGGCGAGGGCUGAUGCUGAUGCAGAGCUUCGUUCACUGGACGCCAGAGUAUCUGAAGCUAUCAUGCACGCUUUGGAGAACCACGUCAUACUUGAGAAAAAGGUGCGUCAGGAAUGUGGUCCUCCAUCGACCAUAGAGCUCAGUAACUCAUCAUCUCCAAGGUCGCCCCCCCCAGCCAGUCGUCGUGAUGCUCUCCGCGCUCCACCCCCCGAUACUGAACUGCUCCAAUUCGCAGCUACCCUCGCCUCCAGUAAGAAACUCUUCGCCAGCCUCUCUGACAGACUCUGCGAUGAACCAGACUUCGCUAACGAGGGCAACGAAAGAUGCUGGAACGGUGAAACUAUUGGAGAGUACACGAAAGCAUUAGUGGCGUCAGCAUCGAUAAGUGAUCAGAAAUACAAUCCAGAAAUCACGAAGACUUCGACACAAGAUUCAAGAGUGGCAGCACUCGGGGACAGACUGCGGCAGGCGAGACAGUUGCUAGUAUCUCACUGGGGGUCAGUGACCGCUGCGGAGUCGUUCAUGCAGGGUGAUGAAGCUGGUGAUGAAGGAUCCGGCUCGGGUCGGAGCUACACUGAUGAUGACGCGACCUAUGACGCUGAGGGCUCGGGAGAAGGAUCCGGGGAUGAGUUCGUUGGUGAGUAUUAUACAGGGAAGCAGGAGGGAGGACGAAGAGACGACAUACUCAGCACCUCCUUUACCGACUGCGGCCGCUUCCCUCGUGACGUCAUCGGUGUCCUUCAUCUCGUGUGCUGUUUUAAUUAUUCUAACAUAAACUAUGAACAGUGA